UUGUUCUUGAUUUUCAGGAUCAUUCUGGCAAUGAUAAGAGAAAUAAAGGAUCCGGCCGAGGCUGACAAGUUGUUGAGGAUCCAGAGGGACUUGGAUGAGACCAAAAUUAUUCUUCAUAAGACUAUCGAUGGUGUGCUGGCACAAGGGGAGAAGCUAGAUAGUUUAGUCGAGAAGAACUCAGACUUAAGUGUUGCAUCCCAGGUAAGCCCAUACAUGUUAAUUGGUCGGAAACUACAUGCAAAAUGUGUUUUCUGGCCUAGCAAAUAGAAUUUCAUGAGUCCAGGUCAGACAUUGAACUAUGCAUAUGGCAAUGCUGAUGAAAAAGAUGACAAUGAGAACAACUUGGAGGAAGAUUCCGAAAAAAAUGAUGAUGACAACGAAAAUGAAGAUAGUAGUGAAGAUGACGAUGAUGACAAUGAUUGAAGAUUUAAAUGUUUUGAUUGUUUUCAAUUCUUAUUGAAUUUCAUUUUUAAA